UUAAAAUGAAACGUUUCUAGUCUGAGAAUAAGAUCCAAAGCUCGUACUUUAUUCAUCAAAAUCAAUCACUGAUAAUCCUGUAAAAAAAAAAAAAAAAAAAAAAAAAGAAGAAGAAGAAGUGGUCGAUCGAUCGAUCGAAGUACUAGCAGUAGUGAUCAAUGGCGGAGCAGCGACCACCGCAGAUAGCAAUUCUCGGGGCAGGGAUAUUUGUCAGAAAUACAUACAUUCCCAGAUUAGCCGAAAUCUCCAAUUUAUUAGUCCUUAGAGCUAUUUGGAGCCGCACCCAGGAAUCAGCGAGAGGUGCUGUUGAGAUUGCUAAACAGUAUUUCCCAGAUGUGGAGUGCAAGUGGGGAGAGGCUGGACUCAACGACAUCAUUCUAGAUGCUUCCAUUGUCGGUGUGGCCGUCGUUCUCGCCGGACAGACUCAGGUGGAUAUGUCACUGAGGUUUCUGAAGGCCGGAAAACAUGUUCUGCAAGAGAAACCGGCUGCAGCUUCUGUUAACGAGCUCGAAACAGCGAUAUCGUCCUACAACUCUUUCAACCCAGCACCAAUUUGGGCAGUUGCUGAAAAUUAUCGUUUUGAACCUGCCUUUGUGGAGGGUAAAAAACUGAUGGCUGAAAUUGGAGACAUCAUUAAUAUCCAUGUCAUUAUUGAAGGAUCGAUGAAUAGCUCAAAUCCGUAUUUUUCAAGUUCUUGGAGGCGGGAUCUUUUUGUGAGUGUUACUAUUGUUAUCUGCAUAUAUUAUCAACCAACAUUGUACUGGGCUGGAAGUGAGAUAAUUUCAGUGUCGGCUAUUACCUCUCAUGUUGAUACGAGUUUGCCUCCCCCCGAUCAUAUCUCCUCAACAAUUCAACUGGAGGAUGGCAGUUCUGGAGUUUUCGUGAUGGUAGUAUCAUCUAGAUCUCCCAAGGUUUUGUGGAGAAUGGUUGGCUUAAAGGGAACAUUACAAGUUGAGCGAGGAAACAAAGAUGGGAAGCAUGGUUACACUGUUGUUCUAUUCACGGCUGAUGGCCAAACAAAAAGCUGGUUUUACCCAUUCAGUGGCGUGACUGAGGAGCUUAAAACAUUUCUUUCAGAUAUUUCAGUGGCGACUCUAAAAAAGGAUGGCAGGUACGAGGUUGAGCCUCGUAUUUCAUUUCUGGAAGGUGCUAGAGAUGUUGCUGUUUUGGAUGCAAUGCUCGAGUCCGGAAAGAGGAAGGGCGAAACUGUCCAAGUGAAAAAGUUCUAGCUUCAAAGGAAAAAUUCAAGAUUCCAUGAUGUCAUACUUGUUAUAUGAAGGACAAUCAUACAGGAAUAACCUGAAUGCUGAAAAAGUAUUCUGCAGUAAGUAUAUCUGAAUUUUAUUUUCAGUCUCCUAACUUUUUAGAACUGAAUUAUUCAAUCAAUUACGCGGGACCAACACUCAAUUAUUUGUGAAUUCUUUCUGCUGUGGGGUUAAAACAACCAGAUGGUUUGGUAUAUCAAGCUCGAUCUUCAUAGUUUAUCGAAGAAAAAAAUCGAGUUCAAGUUUAGUUUGUUAUAUUUAAAAGUCGAGCUUAAAUGAACUAUUAAUGAACAAUCUCGAAUCGAAUAGCAAGUAGUUUUGUUUGAUUUUCGACCA